GCCUAAAAAUGCCUGAAAUCUUUGUAUCGGCAAAAAAAAUAUUGGUAUCACGAUCAGCAAUAAUUUAAAAAAUGUGCAGUACCGCCCAUCCCAAACUGUUGCCAACAACCUAUCAACCUGCCAAGCGUUUCCGAAAAGUAAACUCGUGGUCUCAUUUCAUUGGCCAAGUGCUUGUCCAAUGAGCAUUGGCCAACUGUGUCGGGCUGACUUUUUAAGGUUCCAUCAAGUCAAACCCACCAAGGUGUUCAUCUUCAGACCGGGCUCACCUGCACCAAACACAAGCCGACACCAUGAAGUUCCCUGCAGCCUUCUUUGCACUUUUCAACUGGCUGGCGUUUAGUGCUGACGCGACUAUCUUUUUCAAGGAGCAGUUUCUGGAUAGAGAUGGCUGGCUGAGCAGGUGGGUCCAGUCUAAGCACAAGCCAGACUACGGCCAGUGGAAGCUGAGUGCUGGAAAGUUCUUUGGUGAUAUUAGGUUGGAUAAAGGUAUCCAGACCACCCAGGACGCUCACUUCUACUCCCUCUCGGCCCGCUUCCAGCCCUUCAGCAACGAGGGCAGGACCCUGGUGAUCCAGUUCACUGUUAAGCACGAGCAAGUGAUCGACUGCGGUGGUGGCUAUGUCAAGAUGUUCCCCGCCGAUGUCGACCAGAGCGACUUGAACUCAGAGUCACCUUUUUACAUCAUGUUUGGUCCUGACAUUUGCGGGAGCAGCACACAGAGGGUUCACGUUAUGUUCAAUUACAAGGGGAAGGGCUACCUCAUCAAAAAAAACAUCAAAUGCAGGGCAGACGAGCUGACCCAUUUGUACACGCUGAUCGUCAAUCCAGACCAGACGUACGAGGUAAAAAUUGACAACAAGCAGGUGGCUUCGGGCUCGUUGGAGGACGACUUUGACAUGCUGCUCCCCAAGAAGAUCAAGGACCCCCUCGCCAAGAAACCCAGUGACUGGGUGGACCAGGUCACCAUCGACGACCCCACUGACACCAAGCCUGAGGACUGGGAUCAGCCUGAGACCAUCUUUGACCCCACAUCCAAGAAGCCCAGCGACUGGGACGAGGGCAUGGAUGGGGAGUGGGAACCUCGCAAGAUGCUCAACCCGGAAUAUAAGGGAGACUGGAAGCCCCAGCAGAUAGACAACCCCGACUACAAAGGUGAAUGGAUCCACCCUGAGAUCGACAACCCGGAGUACAUCCACGACGCCACCCUGUACAAGUUUGACAACUUAGGGGUGAUAGCCCUGGACCUGUGGCAGGUGAAAUCAGGAACCAUCUUUGACAACUUUCUCAUCACUGAUGAUGCCAAAAUGGCUGAAAGGUUUGGGGAGCUGACCUGGGGAGUCACUAUGGAACCAGAGAAGAUAAUGAGGAAGGAGCAGGACAUGCUGGAGAUUGAACUGAUGGAGGACAAGGCAAUGAAGAAACAGAAGAACUUCAAAGGGAAACACAAUGAUCGUGAUGAUGAGAAGAAGAAGAAGGAAGAGGUGGAGAAGGAGAAGGAGGAGGAGGAAGAGGAGGAAGAGGAAGAAGAAGAAGAGGAGGAGGCAAGAGGCUACCAUCGGGAUAUAGAUGAUGAAUUAUAGAGAGGAGGUGUCUUGUGGACUUAGUUCAGGUUGGGUUCGGUGUGCAAGAGUGAGGGCCAGUAAAAUUGAGAUUUUUAAUGGGUUCCUCUGAAGGGGUGGGGAAAAGGUUUACAUGUUUGCUUCUGAGAAGGCCCUAUUUUAGUGUGCUUAAAUCUUUUAGUGUGAACUGUCAGCCAAGUUUACUUUCAUUUUCGCUUUUUAUUUUGGACCUGCUGUGAAACCAGUAAAGGAGUGACAAACACUUUGUAAUGAUGUUGAAUUAACUCUUAUUCCGUCAGUACAGCCACUAAUUUUACAUGUAUGUACUCUUGCUGUGUAUGCAUGUGUGGUUAACCGCAAUAUUACACAUAGUACCCCUGUGUUGUGAAAAAAAGAAAUAUGGUACUGAACUUGUGUGAAUAAAUGAACCCUUCUCAAUAGUGAUGAGGCACAUGUGCUAAGGCCUCACAAUGGGUUUAUGGCAUGUCAA